UUUGGAUCUUGAUGCUUGCAAGAGUCGUCUAAGAAAAGCUCGUUCACAGGAUGGGCAGUCUGCACAAAGGGAUGCUGUGGAUCCAAAAGUCUUAGUGGCCCAGCAGAGGCCUCUGCUCCACACCAAACAUGCCGCGGCUGAAACAGACUUAAGAAAGGCCCAGGCAGAUUUUGACAGACAGGCAGAGAUAACAAAACUUCUGUUAGAGGGUGUGAGAUCCUCACAAGCAGCGCACCUACGUCACUUGAAUGAGCUCGUUGAGGCUCAGGCUCAGUAUUAUGAAGAGUCUCACAAGGUGAUGAUGGUACUUCAAAAGGAUCUGGCAAGCCUCUCCUUGAAUACUGAGGACACUACUGGACCAGCAACUACUUCAACCACGGAAGCUAAAGCUGCUGCUCCAGAAGUCUCAUCCACUGCCAAAGAGAAUGGGUCCAAAGAUGCAGAUGAAGAAGGCUCUUGGAGGCGGGCAAAAGUAGUUUGUGAUUAUGAUGCAACAAACAGAGAUGAAAUGAGUCUUAUGAUGAAUGAGGUUGUAUUGUAUUGUGAAAAAACUGGGCAGGCGUCUGACUUUGUUAUUGCUAAGCGUGGUAACCAGAAAGGCCGUGUUCCUAGUGCAUAUCUUGAGUCCAUGGAUGACUGAGGUCUGACCACAGUCGAAUUUUGUUAAUUACCUUAAUGAUGCAUUCAUUCAUAUUCAUGUGUGUGUGUGUGUAUAUGUAUACUGUAUACCUUUUCAUCUUGCCCAUCUUAUUUCCUGCCUGUUGGGUCAUUUAAAAAAUGUCAUAAUUAUACUACAUGCAAUAUACAGUAUAUUAUAGUAGAAUACAUAUACUGUACAUACAUAUGUUUAUAUACCCUAAAGUAUGCAUUUAAGGAUAUUAAUAAAUUUCGAUUAAGUGGAAGUAAAUGAAACAUCUCAGAUGUAUGAGUUUGGAUUACAGAAUUAAUUACUACAAGUUCCUGGCAUCCAUAUGUUCUUUUAUAUAAAUCUGUUAACCCCUUGAAUGCUUUAUAAUAUACAGUGUCCACACAAUAUGAUUGAAUUAUGUAUAAUGUUCAGAUGGCUAGUUAGCCAGUUGGUGCUUUCAACUCCAUAAAACAAUGUGACAAAUGUGAUACACUUAAUGUGUCUGUCAGUUAUGUUAUGUUAUGUUAUGUUAAGUUCUGUAUAGUCAGUGGUUACAAUUAAUAGACGAGAGAAUGUAGAGAGAGGCAAUUUGAUUUUGUCCAUUUUUUCAUUAUUAUAUAUUGUUUUGUUACUCUUCAAUAAGUUAUGUGUAGAGCCUUUAGGAUUUUAUAUAACCACUGAGAUGGAUGUAGAAGUAGGUUGUUCAGUAGUCAGUACUAACAAUAGAUAUACACAUAUCCCUUAAACAAUGCAGGGAUUAGGUUAAUGAAAACACCCCGUGAAGACCCAAAACUGCGAUGUUCACUUACGGGAAGCCAUAAUUGCCCCCCCCCCCCCAAAAAAAAGCACUCCAUAAUACAUUUACUUCCCAUAUUUCUAUUUAUUUUUCUUAUUUUAUAGUUUUAUAUUAUAUUUUUCAUAUUUCUAAGCCACAUUAGAGUACUGUAAUGAUUUUUUCACAACUUUUAUACUUUUAUUACAAGUACAGGUAACAAUAAACGAGGCUGCUGAGUUGGCCACGUAGUUUAUAGCCAAGACCUUGGCUAGAACUGCCUCCAUACACAUUCACUUCUCACACAUACACACCUCACACAUACACACCCCACACAUACACACCCCACACAUACACACCCCACACAUACACACCCCACACAUACACACCCUUGCUCUUCUUUUUCUUGUUAUAUAUUAUAUUUUCUCUAUUUCUAAACCAUAUUAGAGUAUUGUAAUGGUUUUUUUGACAACUUUUACAUUUCAUUAAAACCAACAAUAAACGUGAUGGCUAGGCUGGUGAAUCAGAAACAUACGGUAGUUAUAGCCCACCACCUACACACCUGGGGUUCCUGGGGAUCCGGACCUCCCCUUUCCAUCAGAAAAUUUCAAUACUUUUUCUUUAAUUCAGUAUUGUACUCAGGCAUUUUGGUAUAAUAAAAAAUAAUUACUAUUGACCUCAGAAUAUCUAAUAAUAUCUGGUGUUCAUGGCUUCAAAAUGCCCAUGAUAUUGGUCAGAUUUAAAAAAAUAAUUCUGAGGGCAACUUACAGCACCCCCCCAGCCCCCUAGCUGAGUGGGCUCACUGUGCUCUCCUUGUUCCCUCACCCACAACUUCUUGGACCCCCCUUUUGAUAUUCUUGGCUUCACUCCUAACACACGUUCACUUCUCACACACACACAAACAUGCUCUUCAUUUUUCUUAUUUUAUAGUUAUUUAUUAUAUUUUCUUUAUUUUUAAACCACAUUGUUUUUAUAGAGUCGAAUAAUUGUUGAAGACGCCCAUUUUUCUGAGAAGUGUGUCCGGAGGCAGCUGGCUGACAUGUCAGUCAGCUGUGACCUGCGAGAGAUGGUAAUGCAUGUUGCCAUUGUUAUAUAUAAUGAAACUGUAAAAGUUGUGUAAAAGUUAUUUCAAUACUCUAAUGUGACUUAGAUAUAAACAAAAUAUAAUAUAAAAUUAUAAAAUAAGAAAUAUGAAAACCAUGGGUGCAUAUUCUGAGUCUCUGGGAUGGAGUGUCUUGCUGCCAACACUCCGUAGCACUCAGGGCAACACACUCGCAGCCAGUAGUGGAUAUGUCAGACGUGCAUACACAACCUCUUUUGCCCCCAUGCAACCUGUAGUGCAGUCCGCGGAGGGGCGCAGGUCGUGAUGCUUAAAUCCGCGUAGUUUAAAGGAUAUUUGUACUAUUAUUGUAGAUCUUGAGCUUCAGUUUAUAUCAUGUGAUAAUGAAGGAAGAGUAUAUUGACUGUCCAGGUGUUUAUCAUUAUUGUACAGCCUCAGAUGCUCACUUUCUUAUCAUGAGGUAUUGGGAAUAAAUUUCUCAGGAUCAUUGAUGUAGAAGUGUGAAAUAUAUUUUAGUUACUAUGUACAUUUAGUACAUCAUGUAUUACCAUACUGUAUGGUAAUCGUUGUAUUGUUUUCUAUUAAAGAGUAUUAUUUUCUUCUCUUUCUCUAAUGGCUGGCUUUCUUGUCUCUGUAGAGCUAGCCAUUUGGGCCUGAGUUUCCAUAAUACAGUAUACAGUACUGCUCUUCUUAGUUCAAACAUGUGUACAGUAUACCUUAUUGAUGCCUUUUUUUCCAAGUCUUUUAUUUAUUGCAUUUAUUCAUAUCUUCUUUGGGGGGGAGGGGGAGGUGUUCUUAUUGUAUUAGCUGGCCACUUCUUCCAUAGUGUUCAUACUUUCCUUCUACUAAUACUGUUUUAGGCUUGAGAGUACUGUAUUGUAUUUAGUAUUUAAAAACAAAUUUGUUUUGGACGUGAAUUUGAUAUAUUUGUUAUAUCUUUCAGUGAUCAGUGUUCUUAUAAAGUUAUUAAGAGUUUAUUUAUACACAUGUAUUGUGUUGUUCCAGUAGCUGAGAGUUCAUAGAUAAAGGUUUUGAAAAGGAAGGUGUGAGCGUGCCAUCGGGAACAGUUUUUCUUUGCUGUGUUUUGAGUGAAUGUGUCAUGUGUCUCAGCUCAUUCUGCUAAGAGAAAAUCUGUACAGACUGUGGUACUGUUUAAGAUUAAUUUCAGUUUAUUUAUUUUUUCUACUUGCUGUCACGGCUAAUGUUUGUUAUUGGUGAUUAGUAAUGGGAAUAUGGAACUUACUAUCACUGUCAUGAACUAUAGUUUAAUAAUUUCCUUGAUGUAGAAAGUGUAAAAUAUUAGUUACAACAACAAAAAGGAAAAUCACGUUAUUAAUCCAUGUUCUAAUGUUUUUUCUGUAUUGUAAAACUAUGUUCUCUUUAUUUCAGUCAUAAAAAUUAGAUGUUAUGUUGAUAAAUGACAUUGUUGUGAGAGUUGCAGCGUGUGGCCAUCACCUCUUUCGCUCUAUAUCACAUCUUUUCAUAUCAGUCCAUGGAGGCAUUAUUUCUUUACACUAUCUAAGCUUGUCCAUCUGUAUCAAGUCAUGGAAGUAUAUUUUGUUUGCCACAAAUAAGUGCAGUGAUCCCUCAAGUCCUAAAAUGUUGUCCAUAACUCAAAACCUAUUAACUGAAGAGUUUUCAAGUACAGUAUACAGUACAUUUAAUUAAAAAAAAAAUAAUAUAUUGUUUAUAAACUGUGUACUAUUAACAUAUUACAGUACAGGUACAGUACUUCUCUUUUUUUAUGGAGGUAUUGAAGAGAAAUAAGAGGCCAAUUCAGUAGGUUACAUUUGGGAGGUUAGUUUUAAAUAAAAUGACAUCCCUAAACUUCAAAUUAAUCGAUCACCUCAUCCAUUAGCUUUGGUAAGAAAUCAUAAGCUAAUUUUUUGCUUUUCUUAAAAUAAAAGUUAACCACCAAUUAACAUAGUUACAAGUAAUACAGUACAUGUAAUAUACAGUCAGCAAAGGCCAAAUAGGACAACAGCAACUUCUCAGUCAUAAAACAUCACAACUCAAAAAAAAAAAAAAAAUGCUACUGUGAGUAAGUGGCACAGUGCUGCCACCCACCCAGUUCUGUGUCAGCCUCCCUGUGCUAUUCCUGUCAGCCAAGAUGGCUAUAAUACUUUUACCUGUACAGUCCAGUAAUAUUCAGUACCAGUAUGUCAUUUUAGUUUACAGUUAGACUAAAUGUCUUUAUACAGUAUGUAGUUCUGUAUAUUUUAAUUUAUUUUUUGUUUAUUGAAAUUAUGUAAUUUAACAAGAUUUAAAAACAAAAUCCUCAUAUUUUUUAACUCUAGAAACUUCGAGGAUAUUCCAUUAAUGCAAAUUUUUCUUCCAUAUCUCUAAACUCAUUCUGUACCUUUCAGAUUGCAUUACUGUACUGUAAUGUAAAUUUCUGAAACUCAGGGAUACCUGGACUGUAUAUAGGUAGACCUCAGUAUUCAUGGAAUUCACAUCUGCAAUUUUAACUAGAAUUCAAUGUGAAUUAAAAUGUACCAUUUUAACAACCUUGGUAGGGGUUUUGAUGAUUGACAGUCUGGAGCUCAAGCAUGUGAAGUACAGUAAUUCCUUUGCUGAUCUAUAAUAAAGUACAGUACUAUGUAUAAAGACACUUGGCCGAAGAAUUGAAAUACUAUAGAGUUUUCAUCACUGCCAGUCCUUCAUAUUUAAACACUAAUUAUCUUGUGGAUGUGACUAACUCAUAACCCACUAGGUUGAUCGAUAAACUUUCUUUCAUACAGUAUUUCCAAAGAAUAAAGGUACAGUAUAGUGAUACUACACUACAAGAGAGAGAGAGGGGAGGGGGUUGCCAGUUGUUAAGUUAUUAUUAUCUAGUCAUGUGUGUAGUGGGUUAUGUCUAUACUGGCCAGCACCUUUCCUCUAGGCAAUUUGUGAAUUUUGGGAGGUUAGGUGAGAUAGCUUACCUUGUUUGAUUAGGUUAGGUUAAAGCUUACUAGGUUAAUUUAGGUUAAGAUAGCUUAGGUUAGGUUUGUUUUAGGUUGGGCAUUUUGUGGAAUAUGUUCAUGCAUACUGUAUUUGGAAAAAUUUUAAAGUGUUAUGUGAAAAAUAAUCAACCAAAUUUGUAAAAAAACAAAACAGAAUUUUUGUCUGAUUUUUAAUGCAAUUUGUCUAUUUUUUUCGGGGAUUUUUUUUUAUAAAUUAUGGGACAAUUUGUAAAAAUUUAAUCACAAAUUACCUAAUAUAAAAUCAACUUAAUGUAACUAACUUAACCUAAGAAGCCUAACCAAAUCUGAGAAGCUUAACCUUACCUAACCAAAUCUAUAUCUUACCAAACCUAAGAUGCCUAACCUAUCCAAACAUAACCUAAAACCAACGUAACCUCACCUAAUGUAACCAAACCUAGUCCAACUUAACCUAACCUAAUGAGCUAUGUACUAUCUUCAAGAUGCAGUACACGAAAGCAGGGUUAUUCAAUUCCUAUUAGUGAAUGUCCAGUAACAAUUUUCCAAGUUGACAAAAGUCCAGAUGAAAUGCUACGUUUAAAAGGACGUACAGUAAUAACAAAUAAUUGAGAAUAUGCAGUACAAUUUAUUUCCAGCUAUAUGCGUAUAUUAUCUUAUAUCAAAUGAUUGAAAACAAGAGAGAAUUUAAAAAUACUACUAAUUACAGAUGCACUUUAAAAGAAAACCCUGCUAUACAGUAUUGCUUCACUGUUUCAGUUUAUUUUUCAUUAAUGUUUCUUAUUUUUCUUUUCUACACCAUUAGUUUGGUCCAUGGGCACCAUUUUUCCAUACAUUUUAAGUACUGUAUCAAGUCAGGGAAGCAUGAUUGCUUCUUUUCAUUGAAGAAUAUCAUGUGUCUGUCAGAGAUUAUUAUCAAAGGAUAGUUUUUGUAAUAUAGUUUGGUAAAUACAGUAUGUCUACUUUUAUCCCUGUGUGUGUCAUUUCAACAUUUAUUUCAUUUUAUGGCUUUUAUUUAUCAUGUUUGCUAUUUCGUACUUUUCUGAAGAAAGCCACUGGUAGCAGCAUCCCCACAUUUAUAUAGUUUUGUUACAGGGGAUCAACAGAAGUACAGGCAACCCCCGAGAUAUGAUGGGGUUACGUUCUUGAAAACCCAUCGCUAGGUGAAAUAUCGUAAUUAUGGUCAUCAUCACAAGUCCCCUUCGAGGCUAAGGGGACUCUUGUUGGUAGAGUGGAGACGUCACUCUGACUCUUACACAGCCUCUGGGGAGUCUUAUGCUGCUUAACAAUGUCAAGCUUCAUCUCAGAGACACGGUUGUCUUGGAUGCCUUGGAUUUCCCAGACUUUUCCAAAGUUACACUGCUCACUUCACAAAAACAGAACAAAAGCACUUGUCAAAUAAACUGAGCGAACAAUUUUACCAAAAACAACGAUAGUGGCCGACACUGCUAACAUUUUCAAAACAACAGAGUCGGCGCACCUUACAGUCACAGAAAAUAUCACUUCACAGUCACUAUAAGACAGUUCAAUCUAAAUGUUAGUGCUGUUCUCUUGCUGUAUAAGUAAAAACAAAAACAAAAAAAUCACCGAUGAUAAGUACAAUGUACGAUGCUGGCCAAUAAUCGUGGAAUCAUGAGAUAGUGGGUUUUACACUCGACAAAGAACCAGACACAGGGCUGUAGUGUGUGGGUUGGCCUUGUGGCAGCGUGUGGGUAGGCUGACAAGUGAAGGUAGAGAUGUAUGGUGCAUAGGGUUAAAUAUCAUUUUCUUAUAAAAUGGUACUGACUUGAUGUAGAAAAAUGUAAUUUGCAUUGCUGGAAUUCUUGUAAGACGGCUAUUAAUUUCAGUAUAAACAACCCAUAGUUUGCACGAGAGAAAAAAUUCUGACCAAUGACUAUCAUUAAAGCGAGUUGUUUUGAUCAUAUAUUGGGAGAUGGUGUUAAUUUAUAACCAUCGUUCAAGUGAAAUUUUGCAUCUCGGGGUUUACCUGUACAUACAGUAGAUAUUUGUUGAAACCUAGCACAUUAGCUUAGGACCAUAUAAAUGAAACUAGGUCACUUAUUGGGAUUCAGCUGUUAGAUUGUGGGAUGAAAGGUAUAAAAGUUGAGGAAUUAAGUUUAUAAAAGGGGAAAGCAUGUAGGAAUAAGAGUAGAAGUUAGGAAAACCAAAUACUGUACUGUACUCUAACUCUUGACAUUUUACUGCUGUACUUUCAUGAGUAACCAAAGCCAACGACUCAGUUGUCUUAUACUUUAGUUCAUACUUAGGAAACUGUGCUGUGUGUCUUAUUAUUGUUUGUGUUUUUCUCUUUUCUGUAGAAUAGACUUUAUGUGUGUGAGUGCAUACAUGCAUAACUACACGUGAGUUGCACUCUCUUACAAACGUAGAGCAUAUUAUAAUGUUGGACUAAAUACUACAGCUGUACAUAUUAUUUUAGGAUUCUAGAUUUGAGUAUGUACUUAUGCAUGAGAAGUUGUUAUGCACAUAUAAGUAUUGUAUGUAAAGGAGUGAUGCUGACAUGAUCGUUAUAAUCAAAGUUUGGUAAGUAGAUUCUGUCUUAGCUACUCUGUCCUGCGUGGCAGUGAGAAGUGAUACCACCCUCAGUGUCAAAACGUGACUGAAUUACUCAGAAUAGGCAAACUGUACUCCAAGCUUUGUCAAUAAAUUUGUUAAACUAAAACUAAAAUUAGCUAUUGAAGUCUGUAAGGAGAGGGAAUUAAUAAAAUAUUUUGUGCUACCUAUGAAUAUGUGUUAAAAAGGGCUGUGAUUGAAAUGCUUUUUUUGAUGUUUCUUUAACUAUCUGACUUAAACCUAGAUGUAGCUCUCAUGAGGUAGUUAUGAGGAUAGCAGCCUAUUCAUUAUUUUGUCUCAGUGAUAGUUUAGUAAUUGCAAUUAACUGAGAUUAUUGUAAGUUGUAUACACUAUAGAGUACUGUAUUUUUAUGACUGGUUGUCUCUGUUAUGGUGGUUUUGGUGGAUUUUUGCAAAGGGUCACUGGUAGCACAAAUUCAGACUUUCUUAGUCUUCAUUUUAAAUCCGGGUUAAUUUUUUUUUAAGUACACUAAUAUUGCUAUAAAUACCAAAGGCAUAUCACCAUUACAUGACACAGAUGAUGAGUUCUUAUGCUCACUCUAUGAGACAUUUUGCCCAUUGAUUAGAUUAGUACUGUAAUUAAUCAACCAGUGCCAGUGCAUAUAUCCUACCCAUAGUUCUUUUGGUAUUGUGAGUCAGGCCAUGUUAAUGACUCAAUUCCACUUGACAAAUAAUCUAUGACUUAAAUCAAAGACACUUACUGUAUAGUGUCAUGUAAGACGUAUCGUGUAUUUAUCUCUUUGAUCACUUAUUCUGCUUAUACUUCAGUGUAAUAAUGCAUUGAGUAAAACUUGUACUCUGACAUUUUUCUUAUAUAUAUAUAUAUAUAUGUAUGCUGUUGAAAUUUUUAAGAAAUAAUCUCCAUUUUCAUUUUAUAACUACAGUAAGUAAAUUCUGUUUAAAGCCUAAAGUUUGCAAUUUACAUAUUUGCAUUGAAAGAAUAAAACUAAAAUAAAUAUUAAUCAAUGAUA